AUUUCUUAAUUUUGUACUUUUUUUUUGUUACAAAAAUAUACUACAAUGGAAUAUACUAAGAAACAACGGAUAUCAUUAAAAAACAAAAAUUCAUGUGUAGAAGAAACAAUAGAUUUAGAAGAGCUUAAUAGACGUCAAUCGGCGUUAAGUGUAUUAGAAUCAUGGGACAAGCAAGCGAUGCAUGCUAUAUCGUCGAAUACAUCAACAGGAAGUAUACGAGAACGAAUGAAAGCAAUCAUAGCAGGGAUUAAUCUAAUUAAAAAAGAACAAUAAAUAUUUAAAUGUUUGCAAUAAUGCUAAAUAUAUUAUUUUUUAA